AUGGGCUUCAUCUCUUCUGUUGCUCGUUGCGUCCGCGAUAACAAGCUCUCCCGCAGACUUUCCACAAAUAACAAACCACAACGUCUGGAAGACGACUACAACGACUUAAUCAAAAUUUCCUCAAAUACAAUCUCCCUUGCUCCAGCUGAAAGCAUGGCGUCUGCUUCGACAGCUGUCCACCCCUCCGUCCACGAGCCCACCUUCCCGACCGAAUCCCCGAUUCAACAUGAGCAACUGAGUCCCGCGCAGCUGAAUUUGAGCAUUCAGAUGCAAAAUCUUUUCGACAACGGGCAGCUUCUAGAUGAUGCAAAUAACAGAGCCGUGAGAGCGUUGUCAAGACCCGAGUAUCCAAUUCUCAAGCUCGACACCGUUCAGUCGCCGUUCGAUACACCACCCAAAAAGUUACAGGCUCCCCUCGAGACGGGGGAGAAUAUGGUGCUGGAUGAGAGCAAAUAUUUAAAAAAUGGCUACUUGAAGCGCCAGCGAGAAGAGAAGAGCGGUGAUAAUGUCGGGGUGGAGAAGGAGAGCGGGAAGAAAGGUUCCAAAUUGCGUCGUUCGAUGACGGGCCUCUUUCGAAAGACGUAUAGUUUCAGACUACCUCGAUCACCAGUGUCUAUGAAGACGCUGCGUGCUCCAACAUCUCCCCGGUGGAUCGACGUAGAUGCUUCGAGCUUGGCAGAUGAGGAGUGUUUGGUUUCGGAGAAGGAUGAGGAAAAAUGGCUGGAGGCUCAUGGAAUUGGUGGAGGGCGGGACAUUGGGAUCUGGACUAGCGAAGGUGUGGGAAGAACUUAUUGA